AUGAGUUGUUUCCCUUGUUUCUCAUCACAAAAAAGCAAGAAGGAAUCCAGUAGCAGAGGGGAUCCCAGUCACAAAUCUUUGUCUGGUGAACCUAUUCAGUCAAAAGCACCUGAACCCAAAAAGGAAAACUUGGAGGCAGAAGAUGGAAACAUAGAGGCUCAAGCAUUUACAUUCCGUGAGCUAGCCGCCGCCACUAAGAAUUUCCGUCAAGAAUGUGUGUUGGGUGAAGGUGGUUUCGGUAAAGUUUACAAGGGGACCCUUCAGGGUACUGGCCAGGUUGUUGCUGUGAAACAACUUGACAGGAAUGCAGUGCUAGGAGACAAAGAUUUUCUUGCGGAGGUUGCCAAACUCAGUCACUUACAGCAUCCUAAUUUGGUGAGUCUUAUUGGAUAUUGUGCUGAUGGAGAUCAGAGGCUUCUGAUUUAUGAAUUCAUGCAGGAGGGUUCUGUAGAAGAUCAUCUACAAGGCAAAAAGGCUCAAGAAAAGCCAUUAGAGUGGAUCCCAAGGAUGAAAAUAGCCUACGGUGCAGCUCAAGGUCUAGAGUAUUUGCAUGAUAAGACCAAUCCUCCAAUUAUAUAUCGUGAUUUCAAGUCCUCAAACGUUUUGUUGGAUGAACAUUUGAACCCAAAACUGUCUGAUAUUGGACUAGACAAGCUUGAUCCUUCAACAGACAAGAUGCCUUUGCAGUCAAGGUCGAUGGGAACUUAUGGUUACAGUGCUCCUGAGUAUUCAAGAUCAGGUAGACUCACCCCUAUUUCAGAUGUAUACAGUUUUGGAGUCGUUCUACUAGAACUUAUCACUGGGAGAAGAGUCAUGGACACUACCAAACCUGUUGAUGAGCAAAACUUAGUUGCCUGGGCACAACCAAUAUUCAGGGAACCAAAAAGGUUUCCAGAAAUGGCGGAUCCUUUGCUUAAAAAGCGAUUCCCUGAAAGGGACUUGAAUCAAGCUGUUGGGAUAGCAGCCAUGUGUUUGCAAGAUGAAGCUACUGCCCGUCCUUUGAUGAGUGAUGUGGUGACAGCCUUGAGUUUUCUUUCCAUGGCCAAACCAGAGAUUUGUAUUCCGCCUAUUUCAUCUAAGCCGCAAUCCCAGCAGUGUGUUAAUCAUGAGAAGCUGAACAAACAAGAUAGUGAAUCAGAUAACGAAUCAGAUCAUGACGACGAUGACGACGAAGACGAAGACGAUGACGAUGACGAUGACUGCAGUAGCCGUAGCCAUAGCCGUAGCAGUAGCAUUAGAAGUAGAAGUAUGAAUAGUAAUGGAGAAAGUCGUGUGAGUCGUGAUUAUAGUAGAAGAUCCAAUCAUGGAAGUUCCCGUUUAAGAGAAGAAAUCAGCAGCCAUGGAGGAAAUGUGUCUUCGAGACGAGAGCACCGCAGAAAAUCAAAGCCUUCAAUAAGCCAGGACUACAGCCAAGGGGCGGAGGGUUCAAGUGAGGAAGAUAGAAGGAAAUCAACAAAGUUAUCAAGCCGCAAAAGCAGCGAAUCGGCGCAUGGAAAUAGCAGUAAGAACCGUAGGCAAUAUUCUAAGAAGGUUACUAACAAUCCUCGCAGCAGUAAUGGAGAAUCAUAGGAUGAAAGCCAACUACUCCACAAAAAAUAAGAAAAAAGAACCUUCACAACAGCUACAUACAUAUACAUAUUCAAAUAUUUACAUGAA